UGGAGGUCUUCCAAAUGAUUUUGUUUACCUCAGGCACGUUUGUACAAAAGUUUUCGCCUUUGUUGUACGUCUGCAGGGGAUUAUUCACAUCAAGAAUUUCAAUCAAAUGAUUGAACUUAAGCGAGGGAUAUCGCGAGCAUAUUCAUUCACGCAGACACAUUACAAACCCUUUCGAAGGAGACUUUGAAUAAUGGGAAAUAAGCAAGGUACUUCGUCUGUAUUUCAAGACGAAGAAGAUGAAGAAACUUGGUUUGAAUGGAUGGAAGCGACGGGCGAUCAUAGAAAUCAGAAAAGGUUGCCCAUUUCACCGAGUUCUGAUCUAUUGGCGGUUCAUGCAGUUCAGCCGAUGUCUUUAACACCUGGCGUGACCGAUACGGCGAAAGAAGCAAAACAAAAAUACCGCAGUGAAGCAAAGGCUCUCAGAGGACUUUACUUAGCAAGAGCUAGGACAGAGAAUGUAUCGAUCGACUCAUCGUUUCGCGGUGAUGCGAAGAAUAACAACUAUUUACCAAAAUUAAGAGAAGAUGAAGAAUUGGACGUAAUGGUUGGCCAGGUAUUGCCAGAUUUUCCAGCCGGAGAAGUGAACGUGUCGCUGUUUUUCGACAAAGCAUCCUAUCGUCUGAAGGUAAACAUUGUAAAGGCUAGAAACCUCUGCUGCAAGGCACGAGAAGGGAAAAGACAAGAUAGAUGUGGCGUCAGUUGUUCAGAUUUGUACAUAAACGUGUCACUUUCAGAGGGGCAAAAACAACUGGAGUCACAUCGAACAGCGAAAAAGAAAGGAAGCAGCGAUGUUCUUUUCUACGAAAAUUUUGCGUUGGAUCUUACUUCUCUUGAUGUACGUCAGAUAAUUCUGCGGUUGACCGCAAUGCAUUGUUGCAAACAUGUAAUUAACACUGAUCAUGUGAUUGGUCACGUGGAUACGGACGACAAAUCACGUGAUUCUUCUUUCGGUUCUCAUUGGGUAGAGGCGAUCACGUCUCCAGGAACGAACGUGAAUAGAUGGCAUACUCUAUGGUGUUGAAAAAAAAAAAACAAAACAAAACAAAACAAAUAAAAUAAAAAUUCAAUACACCUUAUUCCACGCUUCAACAUAUAAAGCGCGAGAAUGCCUAGCGAGUUUCCUAGUAUUUUUUCGAGCCCUAAGUGGAUCGGAAAAUACGAGCCAUAAGCAAAAUAUCCGCUCGUUUUAUAUGUCAAGCCAUUGAAUAAGGUGUAUGUCACAUAUUUUAUGCGUUCCUUUGCCCUAAUAUCGUAAAAAGGCGUAAUGGUGCAUUGAUAAUUUAGGCUUAUGGCCUCGAUAAAACUGUUUCUAUAAAGACCACAAAUAAUUAAAGGAUAAAAAAUAAUUUAACUCAGCCAUAAGCUGUGCCAAUGAGAAAUAAAAUAAUUUGCUUAAAAACCUAUUUAUCAUGCAUUUGUGCAGCAGUUUGGGUAGUUAAUGCCAACAACUGUUUGAUAUUCCUCGUUGGUUCAAGGGCUAAAAAUUUCCAUUUAGGUUGCACUGAACAGCUAAUAGAUAAAGCAACUUAGAGAGAGAAUAAACAAAGUAAGGACUCCUAUAAAAAUAAUAAUAACAAAAAUAAUAGUAAUAAUAAUAAUAAUAAUAUAAAUAAAAUAUACUUCCUCUAAGAGGGGUGUGGAAUGUAACCUACAAAAAAGAAUUCAACAAGAAAGCCAUAAAAAUGAAAAUAAGUAUAAAAAACUCCCUUAAACAAGACACGUAAACAGUAAUUUAAAUUCCUUUUCGACAAAACACAUGGUAUAGGUCUUUCUUAAUAGUUUUGACAAGAAAGCCCAUUAGUUCAAGCUCUAAACUGAUAUAUGAUGUGUAUUCAUCAUUCAAUUCGUAGCUUAGGAAGUCUUGGGAAAUUAUAAUCAUAUAAACGAAUUCAAGGCGUCUAAAAAAUAUCAAAACAUUCUGAAGCCUUUCCCUUGAUCGCAUUCUGAACAGCAAGACAUCGAUGUCCAAAGAAUACAGAAAACUGGAGGGCACAGGAAACA